CUAACGGUAACGGCGUUGAGUGUUUUUCACACAAAAAAACUAUUUGACAGGAAAAAAUAUAUUCUUCUCAUCUAAAAUAAUUAGAAAUAGAGGCAAAGACAGAUAAGUGAAAAGUCAAGCAUCACUAGUCAACGUUUGAUAAACCUCUUCUCUUUCUUCUUCUCCUUCGUUUCUCCUCCUUCUCACAUAUCUCUCUUUCUUCGUAAAGGUACCUCUUUCGCAAUCUCUCUGGACUAGCUUCUCUCAUGGCAGAGCGUUCGAAUGUUCCCAAGUUUGGAAACUGGGAAGGUGAGGAGAAUGUUCCUUACACAGCCUACUUUGAGAAAGCGCGUAAAGGACGCGCUCCAGGCGGUAGAGUGACGAACCCGAACGACCCGGAAUAUAACUCGGAUUCGCAGUCUCAAGCUCCUUCGAGAACCAGACCCGAGGAAGUUGACCCGGUUAGAAAGUCGCGUGAAGUGACGAGAAGCCGAGAAGAGAGCGAGUUGAAGCAGUUUGGUGGUGGUGGUGGUGAUGGUAGUGGUUCAUCAAACGAGAAAAGACAAGGAAGGUCUUCUCAGAACAAUAGCUACGAUAAGUCUCCGUUGCAUAAGAAUUCAUAUGAUGGCACUGGAAGAACAAAGCCCAAACCAAACCUUAGAGCUGACGAAAGCCCUGAAAAAGUGACGGUGGUGCCAAAAUUCGGUGAUUGGGAUGAGAAUAAUCCGGCGUCAGCUGAUGGAUACACACACAUUUUCAACAAAGUCCGUGAAGAGAGAAGCACUGGAGCUAAUAAUGUGAGUGGAUCUUCAAGAACGCCAACUCACCCGAACUCCCGUAAUAGCCCUUCCAGCAGUUCCAAAUGUUGCUGCUUUGGCUUUGGAGGAAAAUGAAUGGGAAAACGUGUUUGUUUCGGAACAAUGUGUGUGUAUAGUUAUCGAGAAAUAUGUGUGAUGUAAUCUUAAUGAUCAAACGGUCGAGUAACUUUAGAUGGAAUAAGGCAUAUCAGUCACACUUGCAUAAAACUUAUACUAUAUCUUCUUUAUGUAUGUUUUGUGAUUUUUCAUUUUACUUUUGGUGUUUUCGUUCUACACAUUCCAGUUUUGGACCU